GAAAGAAAUCCUCCAAUAGAGCUAACCGCGUGUUUUUGUUGAUUCCAUUUUUCAAUAUUCAAUAUUGUGCUUCCUUCGGCUCUUGGGAAUUUUGGAAAAGGAUGGCGUUACAAAAAGAUAGUCCGAAAAUGAAGAAAAAGUCGCUUAAAGUAGGAAGUGGAAUUGCCUCAGCAUCCACAAUUAUUAAAAAGAAGAAAAAACUGUUAAAGCCUUCGGCAAUUAAGACGGAAUCAGCACUCCUCGCUGAGCCGACAAUGGAAGCUGGCACCGAAUUGAAACUUGGUCUGAAACAGGAGAAAACCCCACCGGAAAGUACGGCUCAGCCUGUCGUAAUUAAAACGGAGGCUAUUGGAGAUGGUGGUAAUGGCAAGGAUACUGACACGGAUGGGGAAGAAGAAAAAAGUGAAAAGGUUAAGGAACCUAAACCGUUCACCAUCUUUGUUGGCAACCUUCCGACGACAACAUCUAAAUCCGGAUUGAAAGCACUGUUCAUCAAGUAUGGCGGUGUAAAAUCCUUGCGCUUCAGGACGAAUGAUGGGCAAAAGAUUUUGGAUAAGAAAAAUUUACAACACGUUCUAUCGCUCAACGCUUACGUGCAGUUCUCUUCCCGGGAAAGUAUGGAAAAAGCACUGGAGAUGAAUGGUCAGAUGGUGGGUGAAAAUCGCAUCCGAGUCAGUCUGGAGGGCAAGAAGCCAAUAGGCGACGUCAAAUCUACGGUGUUCGUAGGAAACAUUAAGCGAGGUACAAGCGAGAAUGAUCUGCACAACUUUUUCAGUAAGGCAGGCCCAAUUGAGUUCAUUCGGUUCCUAUCCGCAAAGUGUGUCGCGUACGUAUGCUUCAUGAAGGGCGUUUCCUUGAAAAAAGUGCUCAAACUGGACCAGGAAAAAUUAAACGAUCGUCCGCUGAGAAUACAGCCGGUGAGUACGGAGCGUUCCAACGUGAAGCUCAACAAAAAGGGUAAUGUGGUUAAGCGAAAUAAGUUUCCAUCAAAAGGCCCGGCUAACAAAAGCAACGGUGGCAAAGCGAACAACGAUUUUCACGGCAAAGUAUCCGAAGUGAAGAACAAAAACAAGACAAACAGUUCCAAAUCUGGCGUUGGUUCAGUGAAGCAAAAGCAAAUAUUGGCCAAGAAAUUGAAGGCUGCAUUUAAUAUGAAUAACAAGUGAAGGAAGUGGAUCGUUGCUGUUCCACCGCAAUAUACUACAAAUGCCGCUAGUAUCG